UGGUUUGAUUUGAAUAGCCCGCCCAUUGCUAAUAAUCUAGCUAGGGUUCUUCCCAAAUGGCUAUGGCGAUGGCGAUGGCGCGGUGCUGUGGCGUCGGAUGUCCACGAAGGCGCGAUAUCGCGCAGCACAGGGAUGAAUUCUUGAAUCUGGCAGUGAUUAAGCGGUACUCGCAGAGAUUGGCUACGGCGCUAGCGAUUUCAGGGCUUGUCUUUGUCGCUCCGCCCGCGGACGUUCGUUUCUUCACAUCGCCAUCGUUUUCUGCGCCGGCAUUCGCCAGUGGACUUUUCCAAAUGCCUCCCACAAGAUUAAAGAACAGAUAUUUUCUAGUGCGAGCUGGAGAAUCGGAGUAUGAGACCAGUGGAAUUAUUAACACCAAUCCAGUCUCUAAAACUUCGCUAGAGAAUGGCUUGUCCGAAGCUGGAAAGAAGCAAGCAGUGCAAGCUGCUGUGAAGCUCAAGAACUUGGGAGCAUGCAAAGAUAGUUGCUGGAUUUGGCCUUCUAUCACUCAGAGAUCUUAUCAAGCCGCGGAAUUAAUCGCCUAUGUCAACGACAUAUCACGUAGUCGAAUUGUCCCAGAGUAUAGCUUUUUGGACGCUCGAGGACUCGGAGCAUACGAGGGUAAAACUCUGGAUGCUGUGAACGAGGUUUAUGAGACCGACGUCGUGUCGCUUCAAUCACGACCUCCGCCAAACACAAAUGGAACUCCCAACGAAAGUGUCGCUGACGUGUUUGUGCGCGUCACUCAGCUCAUGUCCAUUCUUGAGACGCAGUACGCUGGUGAUAGCAUUGUCAUCGUUUCGCCUGAUUCCGACAAUCUCUCUGUUCUUCAAGCUGGUCUAUAUGGCUUGGAUCUUCGCAGGCACAGCCAGCUUAGUUUUGCACCUGGCGAGGUACGAGAAGUGGACAUCAAAUCUAUUCCUAAACCUUCUGCGCCAUUAUCUGGUUAUCUACCUAACUAGAAACUGAAAGUAUGGCCCAUUCAACUUUAAGAGAGAAUCGGACUUUGGAUUAUGCUAGAACAAUUUGGCAAACGCUUCUACCAUGUCACUUAUUCCUUCGACAAGGUUACCAAGCAGUUCGAAAGCGUCUUUGUCCCUGAGCCAAAGCAGCAACAAAACCAAUACUAGCAGCGAUAGAAUUCAGUCUCGCUUGAUUCUGACUGUGAGUCACGAUUUAAGUAUUGAACAAGAAGAAUAAGCGCCAACAGGAUUCAUCAACCAACUAUUUCUUUUCUUCUUUUUCCUAGCUCUCGACGUACCAUCGAAAGAUCAAGAAACCAAGAACAAUCAUCAGUAGCACCAUGGGAGUUAACGGAGACGGAGAGGUUUCCUUCCAAAGCUGUAGUUUUGACUGACGGAGCUCUGACAUAUUCUUGUAUUGCCAUCACGCCGACGCAUCACUCUGGCCCUGAAGCCGAGGCAAGUUGCUGGAGACUCUUUAAAAACCGAAAUUGGAACGUAUCAACUGUUUCGAAUUACUACGCCGGCCAGAAUCGACCAACAGUGUCUAGAAUUUUACAAGCCAGAUCGAGAAAGUUUCCCAGAUCCUUGACAAUGUCCGAAUCCUGGAUCCAGAGCAGCAGCACCAACGAAAAGAGUGCCAGCAGCAGCAGCUCCCUCCGAUGCAAACGUUCUCCAACAAUCCAGGAAUAACAAUACUCUCCGAGAAGAGAGGCCACUAGCAAGAGCAAAACAAUCGAAGCUACAUUGGACCAUGAGCGUUUUUCCUCGUGGACGAGCUUGAAGAGAUCACUUCUCCUGAUCGUUAUGAUGUCUUCGCUAUCGCCAUCGCCAAAGUAGUAGUGAUAGAGGUAGCGGAGCCUCCGGCGAAUGUACCAUGGACAGACGAGCAAUCCCGCAACAAUCGUGAGAACCACGAAGAGAACCAUGAUGGAUCGGAAAGAAACAUGACAAAGAAACUAUGAAACUCCAUUACAAAACUCGAGAGUUAUAUGAAGAACCUGAGACAACGAACUAAAAAACGCGAACAAAACGAAGACGUCACUUGCGUGUAGCUCAAUGGUCAGAACUACAGCGCUCUCUCAAGUUGUGAAAAUUCCGUGUGAUUGCGAUCGAUCACACUUGGUUCAUCACGUCAAACGCGGUCUCUACUGAUCUCACAAGGGACGCGCAAAAAAGGCUUGGAAAAGUUCUCACUUUGAUUGAUUCACACAAAACUUUUUACA